UUCGAGGCCGAGCACACCCGAUCAUACGAAAAUAAAUGUUCUCUGUAUUUUAAGGUGGCCCUAAAGAAAGUUUAAGUUUAGAGUUUAAAACUCGUAAAAGUUUUAAAUAUGGAAAUAGCUAACGUCGUGGGGGCGAAUCCUGGUGCCCCACGAACGAGUAAGGUUAUGCUGGAGGGCGUAGGCGCUCGCGUUAUUCGAGGACCUGACUGGAAAUGGGGAAAGCAGGAUGGUGGUGAAGGUCAUGUUGGUACAGUUCGCAAUUUUGAAUCACCAGAUGAAGUGGUAGUUGUCUGGGAUAAUGGAACAGCAGCAAAUUAUCGUUGUUCUGGUCAAUUUGAUUUAAGGAUCUAUGACAGUGCCCCAACGGGUAUAAAACAUGAAGGUACAAUGUGCGAUACAUGCCGUCAACAACCAAUUUUUGGAAUUCGAUGGAAAUGUGCUGAAUGUGGUAAUUACGAUCUCUGCUCAAUUUGUUAUCACGGCGAUAAACACCAUUUGCGCCAUCGUUUCUUCCGGAUAACUACACCAGGUAGCGAAAGGGUUUACUUGGAGACUCGUCGUAAAAGUAAAAAGAUUGCUGUAAGGGGUAUUUUUCCGAGUGCGAGAGUUGUUCGAGGCGUCGAUUGGCAAUGGGAGGAUCAAGAUGGGGGAAAUGGUCGACGUGGAAAAGUUCAGGAUAUCCAAGAUUGGUCAGCAACCAGUCCAAAAUCCGCUGCUUAUAUAGUUUGGGAUAAUGGCACAAAAAAUUUAUACCGUGUUGGUUUUGAAGGAAUGGCAGAUUUAAAAGUUGUAAGCGAUGCAAAAGGACAAACUGUUUAUCGGGAUCAUUUACCUUGCUUGGGAGAUCAAGGCUCAGGACGUUCUGGACCACCAGAUUUGAAAAUAGGCGAUCAAGUUAGCGUUGAUUUGGAGUUAGAAAUCGUUCAAUCUUUGCAAUUGGGGCACGGGGGAUGGACAGAUGGGAUGGUGGAAUGUUUAAGUACUACAGGGACGGUAGUUGGGAUUGAUGAAGAUCACGAUAUUGUUGUCGCUUAUAAUAGCGGAAAUCGGUGGACUUUUAAUCCGGCCGUUUUGACUAAAAUUGCUGCUCCACCUGUUGGAGAAGGUUUCAAUGAAACUCCGCAACAGCAGUUUGCCGUUGGCGAUGUUGUACAGAUUUGCUCUGAUUUAGAACGUAUUAAAAUGUUGCAAAGAGGACAUGGAGAAUGGGCUGAUGGAAUGACUCCUACUUUAGGAAAAGUUGGUCACGUUCAACAAAUCUACAACGAUAAUGAUUUAAAAGUGGAAGUGUGUAACACCACAUGGACUUACAAUCCUCUCGCUGUAACUAAAGUAGCAAGCAGAGAUGGAACGAUGCACGGUACAACUAGCGGAGAACGUUUAAGCGCUUUACUUAAAAAACUAUUUGAAACACACGUAUCGGGCGAUGUGAACGAAGAAUUAGUAAAAUCCGCUGCGAACGGGGAUGCCCAGAAAUGCGAGGAAGUUCUUAAACAGAGUAGUUCAGCUGGGGCUGGAAUAGGUCCCGACGUAAACGGGGUUUUUGCCGGCCACACCGCCUUGCAAGCUGCCAGUCAAAACGGCCAUUUGGAAGUUAUUACAAUACUGUUACGUUUCCACGCUGACGUCGAAAUCGAGGACAAAGAUGGCGAUCGUGCCGUCCAUCACGCUGCGUUUGGUGAUGAGGCCGCAGUUAUGCAAUUAUUGGCGCACGCGGGUGCUGAUUUAAAUGCGCGUAAUAAACGUCGUCAAACUGCUUUGCAUAUUGGUGUGAAUAAAGGACAUAUUGGUGUGGUGAAGAUGCUGUUGGAAUUGGGGUGUCAUCCAAGUCUACAGGAUUCCGAAGGUGAUACUCCUUUGCAUGAUGCCAUAUCUAAAAAACGCGAUGAUAUGCUGACACUUUUAUUGGAUCACAAUGCGGACAUUACUCUCACCAACAACAAUGGAUUCAACGCCCUUCAUCAUGCAGCAUUACGAGGAAAUCCAAGGUACGUGAUAAUUAAAAUUAAAAGAGUUGCAUUUCUCAAUUUACAUAAAUCAUUCGAGUGUCUCAUUAAAUCCAUUUCUUGGUAACGUUUGUUUUCGAAGGGAGUCGUAACCGCAA